AGGGGUGUGUCUAAACUAAUCAAACUGGGAGCCAAUAUAAAGUAUUUAAUAGUAGAGAGAAACACAUAACAAUCAGUGAAACUAAGCUGUAAUAUAAUUAUAUAUACGUGACAAUGGGAGCAGAAGAGUCGAGGUACGAGUACAAUCAAGACUAUGAAGAUGAUGAAAUCUUUGGGCCAGGCUACCUCCAGUCACCCCCCAAGGCCAAACCAGGAGUUGUCCAGACUACUACCAGCACACUAGUGGACAUUCACAAUGAUAUAACUAUAGGGUCGGAGAUCUCAGCUAUCAGGAAACUGACGCCACAGGAAUCUACAGACAGUGACGCGGAGCAAAAAUGCGAUCAAAUCUCACUGGAUGAAUUCACAAGUGCCGUCUCAAUUGCUCGAAAUGACAAACACCUCAAAGAUAUACUCUGGCAGAAAUACAGCAUCCCUGCUCAAUUCAUUCUCAUGGCUGCCCACGCUGCCCUCAAACACAACAAGCUCGAUGUGCUCGGUCGAGUACUGCGAUUGAACUCUAUACUCCCUUCCGACUCCGCCUUGAGGCUCGACGAUGAGACACUGUUGAUGUAUCUCCACAAGGCCGUGUCAAAAAAUCAGAUGGACGCUUUUCGACUUCUACUCCAGAAUAUAAAGGACCCCACUCAAUUUCAAGCUAUGACCGAGCUACAAGCCAUUGCAAUUUUGGCAGCACAGUUUGGGAACAUGGCCGUGGUGCAUCUGCUAUGCGUCAAUUGCCCAUUCUGCUUGAAACAAACAAAGCAAGGCACAAGUGUCUUCACUGAAAUAGCCAAAGCCAAGCCACAAGAUCCUGCAGUUUCGAUCGCUUCCGUUUAUAGCGAUAUCCUCGAAAUCAACUCAGCGUAUGUGAACACACAAGAGCCCGAUGGCAACACUGCUCUGCACAUUGUCACAGAAAGGGGAGACUACGACGCUGUCAGGAUUUUGCUGAUGUAUGGAGCAUGUGCAAGCCUACCUAAUGCACAAGGCAAGACACCACUUGAUAUUGCCAAAGAGAAAGAAGCAGACCCCGAGAUUAUUGACCGUCUUAAAGAACUCUCUGAUAAGCAAAAACCUGCUCAGUUUUCUCUCUAUCAAGCAGCCAUUGAGAGCGAUUUUGAGAAUGUGCGAAAACUUCACUACCUUGGUCUGCCUAUUGACUCCAAGUGGCUGGAUGGGACAACUGCUCUAGCUGCAGUUGCUAAGAAAGGAAACCAAAAAAUGGUUGAUUUUCUCCUAUCUUUAGGUGCUUCUCCUAUCCCUCUAGGCUGCUACUGGCCUGACCUGCCAGCCAUGAUAGCAAUGCUCGAAGAUCACAUUGAAGUAGCCCUCAUUUUAAUGAAGAGUACAGAAGACUACCUCCACCAAGCUUCCUACCAAGAGAAGAAGCACAUUAAGAUGCAGCUGGUGUCUCUGCUUCAUCACUGUUGCCGUGUCGGUGCUACUCAAGUUGCAAGAAUGGUGCUCAGCUCAAGAGCUCGAAUCAACCCCAACACAGAGUUCAGGAAACAUCUUGCCCCCAUUCACAUUGCGGCAAAGUAUGGACAACUUACGAUGAUCAGAUUGCUUAAAUUUUACAAAGCAGAUGUCAACCUACCUACAGAGAUCUACUGCAACACUGCACUACACUAUGCUUGCUUUUAUGGUCAUCUAGAUGUGGCUGGAUUCCUUUUGUGUCAAACGAAUGUUUCAAUAAACUGCACCAAUAUUCAACACGAGACCCCUCUCUACUGUGUCCUUCGAAGACAACUCACUCUAAAUGAGAAAAAUUCAUACAUCCGAGAAGACAGCGUUAUCUUUUUAAUCCAUGCUGGAGCACUCUUACUCAAGCCAGGUCGUCAUAAAUGUGAACUGAGACAGCUAAGCCUUCAAGUGGCAGAACAGAGAUGGAAUUUUGUACCUGAGCAGACCAUAAAACUUAUACUUGUACUGAGAGAUGACAACCUCAUGGAGAUGUCUCUAGCAUCUGAGGCAAGACUCGUGAUUCGGGGAGGUAUGAAAGUGCAAGUGAACGAAGAAACGGUGACACAGUUGGGACUGCCUUUUCGAUUGCAAGAAUACAUCUUACUCAAGGACUGGUUUUCCACUUAGAACCUUGCUAUAUUUCUUUAUGUGUGACGUGUGUGUGUGUGUGUGUGUGUGUGUGUGUGUGUGUGUGUGAACCAUUCUACUUUUUGUCUAAUACAAUGUGAUUGUGAUCAUGCAUCCUGUGAAGAAAUUGCCAUAUUCCCUCGUUUCUAA